CUUCAAUCUGUAUCAAAUUUCGAUGGCUUACUUUUAUCAUUAUUCGUUAAAUUGAUAUUUUAAGUAUUUGAAUGUAGUUCUACUGCGUGAACUUAAUGUCAACUGCUUUCUCAAAGAAGAAUAAAUGGUUGUAACGUUGCAUGUGUCUUCCUUCAGCGAGUUCCUUUAUCCGGCUUUAUGUAGACUACUAAAUGGAGGCAAAGAUGUCGGGGAAGAGUUUUCGCGUGAGCGACGGAGAUUGGAUUUGUCCAGAUAAAAAAUGUGGAAAUGUUAAUUUUGCUAGACGGACAAACUGCAACAGAUGCGGCAGAGAAAAAACAACCGAAGCAAAGAUGAUGAAAGCAGGAGGAACGGAGAUCGGGAAAACCCUUGCAGACAAAAGUCGAGGCCUCUUCAGUGCACAUGAUUGGCAGUGUAAAACGUGUGGGAAUGUGAAUUGGGCUCGAAGAUCAGAGUGUAAUAUGUGCAACACUCCUAAGUAUGCCAAACUUGAAGAAAGAACAGGGUAUGGAGGAGGAUUUAAUGAGCGGGAAAAUGUGGAGUACAUUGAACGUGAAGAAUCUGAUGGAGAAUAUGAUGAGUUUGGCCGUAAAAAGAAAAAGUAUCGUGGAAAAAAUGUUGGAAGCAAAUCUGUCUCGAAAGACGAUGAAAAGAAAGUGGUGGAACCAACGAAAGAUGAUGACGAUGACGACGACGAGGACGAUGAUGAGGAGGAGGGUGGAGAUCUUUCAAAGUACAAAUUGGAUGAUGAUGAUGAGGAAGAUGACGAUGAGGAGGCAGACUUGUCAAAGUACAAUCUUGAUGCUAGUGAUGAAGAGGGCAAGUCUCCUGCGAAAAAGGGCAGCCCCUCUGGCUCGUCGCGCUCAUCCUCCCGCUCCUCUGGCUCCAGCUCACGGUCCAGGUCCAGGUCCCGAUCCAGGAGUUCAUCCAGCUCCAGGUCCAGGACUCCCUCGAGCUCGCAGGACCGAGCCCGUUCUCGCAGGUCCAACUCCAGAUCCAGCUCAAGGUCUGGAAAGGGCUCGUCUUCCCCGCGGAAAAGGUCUCGUUCCAGCUCCCCGUCCUCCUCCCCAGAAAGAGGCCAGAAACGGAGUCGCUCCAGAUCCUCAUCUGGAGAGAGGAAAAAAAGGCGCUCUCGCUCGCGAUCGUCCGAAAGGUUUGGGUUUCCGUGGAAUAGCGACAUGCCGUUUGUGCUUUAUGCAUUGCAUUGUCUUCUCCCAGAUCAGCAGUGGAACAUUGGGAUAUCUAACACGUCUUUGUCAAAUGUAAUGGUGUUUUGUCAAAUAAAGAAGCAUGCUUUCUUUUUUCUUUUUUUUUGGUUUGUUUGUUUGUUUUUUUUCCCCCCUCAAAAAAAAUUCCUAAGCAAGAGUACAUGGGGGGUAGAGGUUGCAGCAUUUGUCUGUUCUCCACUCACAGGUUUCUCUGGUUUCUGUUUUUUCUUUUUUCAGGCGGGGUGGCCUUUCCUCAGGAUCCUCUCACUCGGGCUCCCAAUCAUCGAGUUCCAAAAAGAAAUAGGUUCAAAUACUCAGCCCUUCCAAAAAAAAAAAAAAAAAUGAAAAAAAAAAAAAAACAUUUUAAAAGGAAUACCAAGUAGGUCUGAGCUAAAAUGCAUGUUGUGUUUUAAAAAAAAUACAGACAAGUUGUUGAUGCUGUUAAAAAAUGCCUAAGAAUGGCAAUACAUGCUAGACAUUAUUUACAUUGACAACCGUGACAUGUUGAUCCUCAUUCUUGGAAAAAGCUGCUUGUCCUGGUUACCAUUAAACAAAAAAAAGCUAGCCCUCCUCCUCAACCAAUCAUGGAUCUCGAACAUCUGCUGUUGCAUAUUAUAUUUCUUGCGCGUUUUAGAAAUGAAUUGCAUAGUACAUUUUAAAUGUGGAUCCCGGGGCCCAAAAAACACCUAAGAUAACCAAAGUUUAAUUGAUGUGCCAGCAUCUGAGAGCAGAAUCUGCUUCUGACAUGUAGUUCAGAGAAUGAACUUCAGAUAUUUAGUCUAUACAUACAGGAUAUUUCUAGUUAGUGGUCUUUAAAAACCAUGAGUAAUGCAAAGUGGUGUGUGACAACCGGUUGUAAAAUUGGGUGAACUGGAUUAGUGUGUUACCAGUGCAGUUCUGUAAAACCGCUGUACUGUAUGUGAACAUCUUCAUGGGGUCUGAUGACUAACUCGGUACUCGUGUUUGAAUUUUUAAGGUAAGUAUUGUUUUUGUUCUUUUUUUGUUUUGUUUUUUGUUUUAUUUUUCACUCGGAUAUUGCCUCUUCGCAAACACACAAAGUUCCUUUGUUGCAGUGAUCAUCAGACUGCAUUAGAGUGCAUAGUCUGAAGUCACUUGUGUGCAGCCUCUGAAUAUUUCUUCAUUUUGUUUUUGGAAGCACUCUGCUUAAUGAGAAUAAUUACACAUUCUCAUCAGAAUGUGACCUGUAUUGAGGUCAUCUUUUGAAUAGGUCAUAUCUCUGAGGACAAAAAUAUUGUUGCUCCAUUCCCGUUCCAUUUUUUAUGGCAAAAUUGCUGUAGGCAGGGUAAGGUAGUUGCAUAACAUAUCUAAUCCUUUUUUUCCAUAAUGACAGCAGUGAUAGAAUGUGAUUAACGUGGUUUCAGUUGAUUUGAACUAAUUUGUAUCGUAAACAACAUGUAAAUAAAAUUGUCAACAACCUGGU